GAAUGCCCGUGACGCGCGCGGUGAAAAGUGGACGGGAAGCGGCUUGUGCCUGUGCGUGCGACGUGCGACUUGUGACUUUACACUGCACCUCGCCCUUUCCUCCAGCAACUCUCGUCGCCCCAUCUUGCAGCGCGCACCACCGACGCGCUUUGCCAACACUCCGCCCAGCUGCCCACCCACGCUGCGCUAGGCUCCGCCAGUACCACGCCGGCUACCUGGCCGCUACUCGGACGCGCGCUGGGCCCAGGGCUGAGCUCAAGAGAAGGCUCUCCAACCGUGUGUGCGCCUCGUGUGCCAGCACCUUCCUCCCCGGCAAACAGCGCCGCUAGACACCCACGACGCUCGCGGCCUGCCCACCGCCUGCCGCCAAUCCCGCAGCAAACGGCAACAGCAUGUCCAACAACGGCAUCCGGCGCAAGGACACCACAAAGGGUCCGCCGCUGCGCAUCCUCUCUCUAGAUGGCGGGGGUGUGCGCGGCUACUCGAUGCUCAUCAUCCUCCAAGAACUGAUGCACCGAACUUUUGUCGAGACUGAGGGAAGAGCGCCCAAGCGGCACGAGAUCCCCAAGCCAUGUGACCACUUUGACCUCAUCGGAGGCACAGGCACCGGCGGCCUGAUCGCCAUCAUGCUGGGACGGCUGCGCAUGGACGUAGACACAUGCAAAGACGUUUAUGUGCGCAUGACAAAGCGAGUCUUCGAGACAGACAAGACUUUCGCCGGCAUCCCCUACCGACACACCCUGUUUAAAGCCUCCAAGCUCGAAGAUGCAAUCAUGGAGUGUGUGCGAGAACACACCGUCUACGACGAUGAGGGCAACGACAGCGAGAACGCAAUGUCCUCCAGAGCUGAUCUGCGCACACCAAUGACUCCCGGCAGCGCAUACCCCAACAGAAUGGAACGAAGCGCAAGCACGUCCAGCAGAUACAGCCAGAUUGGCAUGGCCCCGGUCAACCAGCGCAUAGCCGCUCUGAAAUGGGGCAAUCCGAAUGCACGCCUCUACGACAACAGAGAGGAGCGCACGAAGACCGCUGUCACGGCAGUCUACAAGGGCUCCAAAAACGCUAGCACCGGGCAGAUACUCCUGCGCUCGUACGAUUCGCGAAAAGAAACAUCGGUCGAGCCAAACGCCACCAUAUGGCAGGCUGGUCGUGCGACGUGCGCAACGCUGCUCGCUUUCAAGCCCAUUCGAGUCGGCCAAUCGGAUUUCCUGGACGAGGGAGUCGGCAAAUACAACCCAGCACCCAUGAUUCUGGACGAGGCUGUUUGUAAUGAGUGGCCUGGUCGCGAAGUGGGUGUCUUCAUUAGCAUUGGCACCGGUAAACGACCCGAGGGGACAAAUCAACAAGCCCAUCUGUGGUGGGAAGGAUUCGUUUCAACCGGCAUUGGCGAUUUCGCCGAGGCAAGGCGGCGACUGAUCACCAAGAUCGAAGACUGCGAAAAAAUACAUUUGUCGAUGAAAGAUCAUCUUGCCAAGCGGGGCGUCAAUCAGGAACAUUACUACCGACUCAAUGUCAAUGUCGGAGUGGGAGAAUUUGGCAUGAACGAGUGGAACCGCCUCGCCGAAAUCAGCUCCAGUACGCGAAUGUAUCUGGGAGACAAAGAGGUCCAAUCUAAGACGCUCGACUCCGCUGCAAAGCUCGCGAGAAUAUACUUUGCCAAAGUGAGGUGGGAAAGAGCAGAGAAGGGGUUGCCACCGCGUGGCGGCCAAUUUCCACAGCUGAAGAGUCCCUACGAGCGUCCCCUCCCUACGGUACCGGCCCCUGCGUUAGCCAUCGAGCUUCCUGCAGAGGAAGUUGCGCCAAACUUCUACUCGCACCAGCAGCAGGAACCCGAUAUCAUGCUGCAUCCUGCCUAUCGUCUUGCGUCAGACAAUGACAAGUUUGCCGUCGUAUCUUCCGACGAGUAUCCCGAGCCCGUUGACUCUGCUUUAAGCCCUCGAUACUCUGGAGAAUUCAUCAACAUGAACCGCAGAUCAGGGGAGCAAUUUACAGUAGGCUCAUCACAUAACUCACCACGAGUGAGUAACGUCAGUUUUGAAGAACAGCAACAGCCUGGCAGUCCAUAUCCGAACCAUCCACCCCCUAGACCACCAAAGACACCUUUCGAGGAAGGCUCAAGGCCAGCAGAUUUGACCGCUGGCCCGCCGUUAUCGCCACCCCCGACUUCGUCCUUGCCCCGACCCCCGCCUGGAGCACCGCUACCAUAUCCAGACACGGAUGGGCCGCCCCCUGUGAACAAGUCCAGAAAACCGGAAUUCAGACGAUGAUCGAGUACACUAUCACGGCUGUAACGUUCUAUACGACGUUUGUCUAUAACGUAUAUUUCUUCUCUCGCCUUGGCGUAAUUCUGGAUCGUCGCACGCUUGUACAUCUGAUGAGCUGCUGGGUGGGAAAUACGUACGGUUUCAUUUCGUCGCAUAUGGUGUGUGCGUGCGCUGGCAAUGAAUUUACAGAUACCCUUCCAUGUCAGAUAGCAUCCCAAAUUAGCAUUUUUCCUGCAUUGAACUCUC